AUUACAUAGUCUUGUUCAUCUCCGAAUUUUUAUUAUACAGCUGAGUGCUUAAAAAAAAUCAGAGAAUUUACCGUACUAUGUUUAUUAUGAAUAAAAAAUAUCUUCGAAUAUAUCUAUAAGUGUUGCUUGAAACCAAUCUUUCUUAUUACUCGAUAUUAUAAAUAUAUAUUCAAAUAGUUCGAACGUGAUUAAAACACGUGCAUUUUCUUAAAUAUUCCUGUCGAAACUGUGUAGUGAAUAAAAAAAUGUAUGCUAUUUAUUUAUCAAACAUCAGUCUAAAAAAAAUAUUUCAUACAAAAACAAAGAGAAGUAAUUCGGUUUCUCAAUUAGCAUAGUCAUUUACGUAUCAACGUGGGGCUCAUGAGAAAAUUUGUCUAGCUGAUGAAUCAUGAUAGCAACGCAAUGAUCACUCAUCUUUGUGGACCGUCAUAGACCUUGGCAAUGAGCAACAAGUCACCAUCAUUGGUUGACUGAUGAAUUUCCCUCUGCUGAUUGUCAAACUGGAAAUAUCAGCGAAAUUAUCUAUUCGUGUCAGUAGAAAUUUGGACCACCAACGCUUUAAGAUUCAAAAUGAAAUGGCAAGACUUAACGGCUGAUCAUAAAUGAACAUUGUCGAUAACCCGCGCAUACAAAACGACAAUUUACCAUUCGCUCACACUUUGAUGACUCGGCCAGGUACCCACCGGCCUCGGGCUAGUGGCAGCUAACGGGAUUCCGCUUGAGUUUAUUCUUGGGACAGGUGGAGACUGAAUUGAAAGAGUAAACCAUUUCAGGAUAUCAUGGCCCCUUUGUAGCUUAGUUGUAGUCUUAUCUUCAAUCCAUUAUCAGAUAUUGCUGGUACGAUAAGCACAAAAAUGAUUGAAUAAAAAUUAGAAACUUUCGUGAAUUCCUUUCGCUUGACACUUGUUACGGCUCUUCCAGAGGCAGUAUCGCAGCGCGAGGAGUUUUAAAUUGAUAAGGAUGGCAAACGGCAGAGACGGAGAGACUGGGAUCACCAUCCCCUUGCAGUACAACGAUGGUGUAAGUACAUCAACGAUACACCAUGUAGCAACUACUUCGAUUUCAUCGAUCAACUGCAAAUCUUGAAAUAAUAUUGAGAUGUCACUUCACGCUUUUGAGAUGUUUUCAUUAAUAAUCCGGUAGCAAAAAGAAAAACAAUUAAUAAUAUUUGUUGUUUUACAGCAUCAGUCCCAAGGCUCUGCAGGAUCAAAAAAAAAAAAAAAAACACUAUUUUACCAGCAAAUAAUUAGUCCAUUCGCUUUUUUAAGCAGCAAUUACUUGUGCCGAUGGAUAUUGAGUUGCACACUCACAAUUAGAUAAGCAUUGGAAGUCAAUAUUUGAGAAGUAUGACCUCGAUGGAGAUGGCAAAAUAUCAUAUCAUGAACUACGAGCGAUGAUCCGAGGAUCUUCGUUUAAUAAUGAUAUACCAACUCGUGUUGUCCGGAUGAUAAUGCAUGCAGCAGAUCUUGAUGACUCUGGAUAUUUGGAUUAUCCAGAAUUUAUAGCUAUGAUCCACAGAAAAGACAUGCAGGGUGUUUUUGGCCACUAUGUACAACGGUACGUUCACUGUAUGGUGCCACAGCGCAGAACACCUUCCCAAUCGUCUCAAAUGUCACGAUAUUCGGGAGAUACUAUCGAUGGUCUGUACGAGGAAGAAUAUAGCUGUAGUCCACCUGCAAUCGCAAUGGUGAUCAUCUCUCUUCUGGAGAUUAUCUUGUUCCUGUAUGAUGCAAUAGCGCACAAAGCACUCUCAGUCGAAGGGCCAGCUGCACAAUUAUUCAUUUAUCAUCCAAACAAGCGUCAACAAGUGUGGCGUUACGUCACUUACAUGUUUGUCCAUGUUGGGGUAUUUCACCUAGUUGUCAAUCUGCUAGUCCAGAUUCUGCUAGGAGUCCCAUUGGAAAUGGUUCACAGAUGGUGGCGAGUACUUACAAUAUACUUAGCAGGUGUGAUAGCUGGAUCAUUAGGAACUUCAGUAUCAGAUCCGCAUGUAUUGUUGGCGGGAGCGUCAGGUGGUGUGUACGCUCUGAUGACGGCUCAUGUUGCCACCAUCAUUAUGAAUUGGUCGCAAAUGGAGUUUGCAGUUUUACAACUGCUUGUAUUUGUUGUGCUUGCUUUCGUUGACGUGGGACAAGCUGUCUACAAUCGUUACAUAUUAGAAGCCAAGGACCAAAUUGGAUAUGUUGCACACUUGGCCGGUGCCAUAGCUGGAUUGCUUGUUGGUAUUAAUAUACUUCGAAAUCUCGAGGUCAAAACAUGGGAAAAGUUCGUGUGGUGGGCAAGCAUUGUGACCUAUGUAAUACUCAUGACAGCUGCAAUUCUGUGGAAUAUUUUUCGUCCUUAACAUGCAUCGAUUGAUACAGGCAAUGACAACUGUUGCUCUUACUCCUUGAACAUCCGUGGCUGUUUCAAGAAUCCCAAAUCUUGCGGAACACUAGAUCGAUGCUCAAUAGGGUUUGUCACUCAACUUCUAAGAUUUUUGUGGGUAUUAGAUUACCUACAUUCUAAGUAGACGUGUGAAAAUCUGUAUAAUAUUUAGUUAAUAGCGAUGCAACACUUUAUAGUUUCUUUAUGUUGUACCUUCAAUCUGGUUAUUUGUAAAGUUAGCAUAAUAUCGACUAAAAAUUUAGUUUUCUGACUCAAAUUCACAGCAAGUGACUGAGCUGUGAAAUAUAAGAGUCAAGUCAAUCAUGCUAUUAUCAGAUGUGUAGUAUUAUUUGCAAUUGGAUUACGCUUAAUAGUUGUUGCCUCAAUCAAUUAUUGAAACAACUUAAAAUUCGUAAACUUUUGAUGGCAAAGUUGUAUAUCGUACUAUGAGCAUACACUCAAUCAUACAGAAAUGACCAUUUCCAUUCUAAUAUCGGAAAACAAUAUGCCCAGGGUCCAUCAAAUCACCUUUAGUAAUUGCAUGCCUUGUGUUGGAUACCAUACACAAUUACUUCGGGAUUUAUCUUACUAGAUUAAAGUAAAUUAAAAUAUAUAAUGAAAGUUAGGUACAGGUACAAUACAUCUUUCUUAUUCGUUACAUGAAUAUUUGUACCAGUAUGACCUUUAUAAUCUUAGAAUAUUGUGCCUUAUUAAGAUAGUGAUACCAUAUCACCAUUUGCACAAUUGUUACAUACUUAAAAAUUAGAUGCAACAAACGAUUCAUGACGCAACGAAACAUAGAUUAUUGUGUGUAUAUUUUGUAUGUUAUUAUUUAUCCAAAAUAAUAAAUUGCACCACUGGAAA